AUUGACAGCUCAAAAUAAGGUCAUCAUACUCAUAACUUUCCUACCGAGGAAAACAAAGAGGGAAAAAAAGAGAGGAAAAUUUCCAUUGAGAUUUUCUUGCUCCCACCCUCCCCACUUUCCCACUACAAAUUUAUGCACUACCCGACACAAGAAAAGAAACUUUUAUCUGUUUCCUCGAUCUUUGCAACUUCUUGCAGUAGAAAUCCAUUCAAUUCAACCCAGAUGGCUUGGCUCUGCAACUGAGAUAAUAACAAUGAGAUGGCUACAACGACAGCAACAAGAACGACAGCAGCGAAGUUCAUCAAGUGUGUGACCGUUGGAGAUGGAGCUGUUGGGAAGACUUGCCUUCUGAUAUCCUACACCAGCAAUACAUUCCCAACUGAUUAUGUUCCGACUGUUUUUGACAACUUCAGUGCCAAUGUUAUGGUUGAUGGACAGACUGUAAAUCUGGGCCUCUGGGAUACUGCUGGCCAAGAGGACUAUAACAGGCUGAGGCCUCUUAGUUAUAGAGGAGCUGAUGUCUUCCUCCUUGCCUUUUCUGUGAUAAGUAUGCCUAGCUUUGAGAAUAUUUCAAAGAAAUGGGUCCCUGAGCUAAGGCAUUAUGCUCCAUUAGUGCCCAUUGUUCUUGUGGGCACCAAAAUGGAUUUGAGAGAAGAUAAGCAGUUCCAAAUGGAUUAUCCCGGCGCUUGUACCAUUUCUACAGCACAGGGUGAAGAACUAAAGAAGCAAAUAGGAGCAGUGGCAUAUCUAGAAUGCAGCUCCAAAACACAGCAGAAUGUGAAGGUUGUCUUUGAUGCUGCAAUCAAGGUGGUUCUCCAGCCUCCAAAGCCCAAGAGACAGAAGAAAAAACAGAAAAUUUGCCACAUACUUUGACCAUGCCAACAGAUCUUUGGGACUGUGGUGCUCUUCUUGUUCUGUAUGAGAGUAUCUUCUCUCUUUAUCUUCUCUGUCAGUGGGGUGUUGUAAUUUGCUCUUUUUGAUUCUUUCGGUCCGAUGUUUUUGUGUGGGGAUGAAAUAUGCCAGUUCGUUGUGCUAGUUCCCUCAUGUUAUUUGUAAAUUUAGCAAGAUUGCGCCAAUCGCAUUUGGUGAUAUUUGUUCUUCUUUACUAAG